AUGUCCUACUUCAGCCUCAUUUCCACCAUUGCAUUGUCGUCAGUACUUUUUAUCAUCUAUCGCAUUAUAUGCACUUAUUUCUCCUUGGCUACACUACCUGGUCCGUUUUGGUCGAGAAUAACGAAUCUACCACGCGUGGCAUGGGUCAAGUCCGGCCACGCCCAUGUAUUUCAUCAACGUUUGCACGAUGUUCACGGUCGCGUGGUCAGGCUUGGGCCCAACACUGUAUCAGUGUCAGAUCCAGAUGCUAUACCCACUAUUUAUCCUACCCGUGAAGGGUUUCCCAAGAGUGACUUUUACCGCGUCCAGAGGCCCUAUACCCGGAAGGAUGGUGAAGUAGCGGCAAUAUUUAAUACGCAGGAUGAAGACUUACACAGAAGGCUGAGGAAGCCAGUAGCAUACCUCUACUCUAUGACAAACGUUGUAACCUUGGAGCCCUUCGUGGAUCAAGCGCUCUGUGUUAUGUUUGACCAGUUGGAUCGAAGAUAUGCUACCUCGGAAGGUGUCUGUGACCUUGGAAACUGGCUGCAGUAUUUUGCCUAUGAUGUAAUGGGUACCCUGACAUUCUCGAAGCGAUAUAGCUUUUUGGAAGAGGGCAGAGACGUCAAUGGAAUCCUGAUGGCGGUUGAGAAAUUCAUGAACCUUUCUUCAGUGAUGGGUCAAGUGCCGUGGUUGGACCGGCUGCUAUAUAAGAACCCUGUUUCUGCAUUCUUCCAAAACACAGCGGGAUCUAAAAUACUUACCAUGGUGAAUCAAUAUAUCAAGGAGAAGCAGGAACAAAAACCAACGAUCAGAAAUGAGAGCUGUAAGCUUGAUAUGCUGUCACACUUUCUGCACAUCCAAGAAACCAACCCUAACAUCCCCUCGAACGCGUCCAAAGCAUGGACCUUUGCAAAUGUGAAAGCCGGCUCGGAUUCUACAGCAAGUGUCAUGCAGACCAUGCUUUAUCAGCUAUUGAGACACCCCGACUCCAUGAAUCGAUUGCUGAAAGAAUUAUACCAAACCACUGUUGAGAAUAGCACUUCUGAUGACAUGCCUCUUCCAGCAUGGAAGAGUAUACGUAAUCUUGAUUAUCUCGACGCCUGCUUCAUGGAAGCUCUUCGUCUGCACCCCCCUUUUUGCUUGCCACUCGAAAGAGUUGUCCAGCGCGGUGGGAUUAUGAUAUCGGGCCACUAUCUUCCCCAAGGGACGGUGGUUGGCAUCAAUCCCUAUGUUUCCAAUCGAAACCCCUCUUUAUUUGGCAAGGAUGUUUCCGAAUGGCGUCCAGAGCGGUGGAUUGAGCUAGAUCCCGCACAAAGACAAAGAAUGGAGCGUGGUGUUCUGAGUUUCGGAGCGGGUCGUCGAUCGUGUUUGGGAAAAAACAUUGCAAUUCUUGAAGCCAAGAAAACCAUCGCAGCUUUGUUUCUUCGCUAUGAGAUGAGGCUUGUUGAUCCAAAACAACACCGAACCGAGAAUGCGUGGUUUUUUAGACAAUGGGGGAUUAUUGUCACAAUCAAGAAGCGGAAAUAG